CCUCCACCAAUUGUUUCGGUCCUGAGAGGAGCUCGACGGCCGGACCCCUCCCUCCAUCUGUCUCUCUCCUCUCUCUCCCCUCUGUCUCCCUUCCUCACUUGCCCUCUCUCUCUCUCCUCCCCUUGUUGUGACAGAGCACACCUGCUUGAUCUUGGCUGCACGCGCUCCGAGUCCAAUUACCCCAUAGGCCCUCGCAGCCACUUCACAGUCUCAUCCCCCACUCGACUGGAUUUUUGGGAGUCAAGCUCAUCUCGCUCUCUUUGCCUCACUUUUACUGAGAACAGGCUCCCUGCUAGCAGCGCCAUGAGGUCGGCCUGUCUCUCUCUGCUCCUCGUCACCGCCUGCUGGGCUCUGCCCUUCCGCCAAUCUGGCUUCCUAGACUUCAUGAUGGAGGAUGAGGCGGGAUCAGGUGAUAUAAGUCCUGUUCUGAAUCCUCCUCCCCAGCCCGAGGGACCCAAGUGCCCCUUCAGAUGCCAGUGCCACCUUCGUGUGAUCCAGUGCUCUGACCUCGGUCUGACGUCCGUUCCCGGGGACAUUCCUGACGACACCACCCUGCUGGACCUGCAGAACAACAAGAUCACCGAGAUCAAGGAGAACGACUUCAAGAACCUCAAAGGGCUGCACGCUCUGAUUCUGGUGAACAACAAAAUCACGGUGAUCCAUGCCAAGGCCCUGAGUCCUCUGACCAAGCUGCAGCGCCUCUAUCUGUCCAAGAACAAUCUUAAGGAUGUCCCCGCCAACAUGCCCAAGAGCCUGCAGGAGCUCCGCAUCCACGAGAACGCCAUCACCAAGAUCAAGAAGUCCUCCUUUCAGGGCAUGUCCCACAUGAUCGUCAUGGAGCUCGGCUCCAACCCUCUGAAGAGCGCUGGAAUCGAGGCCAGUGCUUUCUCUGACCUGAAGAGAGUCUCUUACAUUCGCAUCGCAGACACGGGCAUCACAGACAUCCCCAAAGGUCUUCCCAGCUCUCUCUCCGAGCUCCACCUGGAUGGAAACAAAAUCAGCAAGGUGUCAGCCGACAGCUUCAAGGGCCUGAAGAACCUGGCUAAACUGGGUCUGAGCUACAACGAGAUCAGCUCUGUGGAGAACAGCACCCUGGUUAACGUGCCCCACCUGCGCGAGCUGCACCUCGACAACAACGUCCUGACCAGCGUCCCCCCCGGCCUGCCCGACCACAAGUACAUCCAGGUGGUCUACCUCCAUGCCAACAAGAUUGCCGCUGUGGGAACAGAGGACUUCUGCCCCCCCGGCUUCAACACCAAGAAGGCCAUGUACUCCGGCAUCAGCCUCUUCAGCAACCCCGUUCCUUACUGGGAAGUCCAGCCCAUCACCUUCCGCUGUGUCUUCGACCGCUCCGCCAUCCAGCUCGGCAACUACAGGAAGAAGUAGAG